AUGAGUAGCUUGGGGGAUAACACUCAAAGCGGCUACGGCCAGUACAACCCCUAUGGGGCCCAGGAAAACCCCUACGCCCAGCAACAACAACAGCCACAGCAGCAACAGCCGUAUGGCUAUGGCGGCGGCUACGGCCAGGCUGGAGCCAUGGAGCAGGGCAACGGUGGAUAUGAAAUGUCCAACAUGCAGCAGUCCGGCGGCCCGACCGUGAUUCUCAACAAGUGCAAGGAGAUGAACGACGCGAUCAACGAGCUGCGCACCAAGCGCGAGGGCCAACUGGCAUCCGCGCAGACCGCGCUUUUGGAGUCGGCCACCGGCAAGGAGGACCAGCAGGCACGCCAGACUGUCGACUACAUCGAGGACGAGAUCAACACCGCCCUGCGCUACCUGCGCGACCAGUUCAAGCGCAUCAAGGAGACACCCGGCUCCGGUGACCCGCGUGUCUCCGGUCAGGUCGAGAACGUCAACCGCAACCUCCGCCGCGAGAUCGAGCAGUACCAGCGCACCCAGUCGGACUUCCGGAAGCGCCUGGAGGAGCAGGUCCGCCGCCGUUAUGCGAUUGCCAACCCCGAGGCUAGCCCCGAGGAGCUCGAACAGGGUGUGCAGAAUGUUCUGGCCGGUCAAGAGCAGGCCUUCAUGGUUCCCGGUACUCGAUCCCGCCAGGCCAACGAUGCCCGCCAAGCCACCAUGCAGCGAUCCGCCGCAAUCCGCAAGAUCGAACAGGACAUGGUCCAGCUGGGCCAGCUCUACCAGGAGGUUGCCGAGCUGAUCCACCAGCAGGAGCCGGCUGUGCAGCAGAUCAACCAGGGCGCCGAGGAGACGCACCGCAACGUGCAGCAGGCCAACAGCAAGCUGGACAACGCAAUCACCAGUGCCCGCAACGCCCGCCGGUGGAAGUGGUACGCGUUGAUCAUCGUUAUCAUCAUCAUUGCCAUCGUCGUCGGUGUCGCCGUCGGAGUCACGGAAGCCAAUCGCGGCGGGAAAUAA